AUGAGCGUGGAGUCUAUGACCUACACUAUUAUUGAGCCUGGUGCGUAUUUCAUCUGUACCUGUCUACCAGGAAUGCGACCGCUUGUGCGCGGGCUCUACGAGUCAAAAUCCUCCAUGAUGGGAAGUCGAGGACUUGAAAGUGGUACGCACGACAAGACUCAAGGAUCAACGUCAAUACAGGGUUUGAUAAGCUCUUGGCCUACCCAAAGAGGGGGUUAUAGGACUUCCGUUUCGGCCGGGAGUAGGCAGUAUGACAACUAUGACGGCGAUAGAUCUGACUUCAUUCGCCUGGAGGAAACAGUCCAUGUACAAAGUACGCCGGCUGUCUCGGCCCCAUCGAUGAAGAUAGGGCAGUGA